AUGAGGAACCUGUUAAUAUUUGCGGCAGCAGGUCAGACACAAUCUAAAUCAAAGUUACCCAAUAUAAAAUGGCAAGCCAACCUAGGGGGCGCCGGAAUAGGACUACCAAUUUCCUUCAACAUCCCGGUCAUUUCACCGCGAAGUAAACUGAAGUUAGUACCCAAUCUUCCAGCCAAUUAUUCAGUGGCGGCAUCAGGUGAAAAACAUCCUGCACCACAGGGAAAUUCUAAAAAUCAGAAACGUGAAAGGUCAUCCUCGCUUCCAAAUUCCAAGAGUUCUUCAGUUGAAAAUAGAAAGUUGGCAGUAGAAGCCGUGUCGCCGGAAUCUAGAAACAGCAUGGGCAAGAGUCUGACCAGUCAUACUAACCCCCAGAGAAACAUCCCAGAACUUCCGUCGAAAUUGAUACUGUCAACGAGUAGAACCGGCUCCAUUGGAGCCACGAACUCGGCGACAAAACGGAUUCAGCAAUCGUCGAAGGUAGUAGACGAACGAUUGAAUGUCGACCAUCAGUCUGUACGAGGUAUUCCACCACCCAUUUAUUCUUCAAACGCACAAGAACGAUUUGCAGGAAAAUCAACGGAAAUACCCGUGCAUUUACUCCGAUCUGGUAAAAACAUUGUAACCAAGACUAUUACGAAAAGACAAAAAGAAAAUGGCGUCACAGAGAUUCAUAUCACAACCGUCACACGGAAGUUAGUCGAUAAUGUUCCAAGUCCGGACGCAACCAACAGAACGGUGGUUUUGAGGACGGUAAAGAAAGGCGUUUCUCCGCUUACAGGAUUGGAAUUAAGUCCCCGUCCAGCUGUUGAUUUAGCAUUUCCUUUAGAAGACACCCUUCCCAAAAUCCUAGCAUCAAACGGUUCUGUCGACACAAGUGCGUCAGCGCCUACACAAUUAGGCAACUGGCGACGGAAAUCAAUAUCCAGGCGUACUAACUACAGAGAAGUUCAAUCGGCAGACCCCACAAACCUUUCUAAAGUAGAUAAAUCCGAAAGACAAGUAUCCACAGUGAAUGUCAACCCUGGAAGUAGUGGGAUUUCCAAAUCAACUCUUGUCAGGAAAGGAAACACCCAAAAUAGAAAAAGCAUUACGCAAACUCCACGCGUAGCGCUUCCUGAGAAUUUUCGGCGAAAAAUUGCAAUAAGAGGUCAGAAUUUUGAAGACUCGAUUCAAAUUCCUGUUGCAAACACAAAAGACUCCAAGAUAAGAAAUAUACAAGCUGAGAAUACUGGGGAAAGGAGAGAUCAUGGAACAGCUAAAUCAAUCGAAACUUCACGAGUAACAAGAGUGAAAACUGUUACUAAAAAUACGAGAGAAUCCACUAAAAAGGCUCCAACAAAGGCAAGCCAAACAGAGAGAGAAAUGUUAGUACGAAAAACUGUUUUCAAAGACACUUCACCCAACGUCGGCAUCACAGUAGCAAAAGACAGCAGAAACGCACAAAAAAGUCAGAAAAAAGAAAUAUCUACUGUAAGUACACGGACAGAAAAUGACAUAAGAGGAAAAUCAGACAAAAUGAUUCCUAUCAACAUCAAAAGUGUGAUUAAAACGACGAAGCAGACGGUGACUGUCCCUGAUAAAAGUCCAUCCCCAACAAGUCGCAAUGACAUAAAGAAUGAAUCAAGGACAAUGCAACCUAAGCAGAAUGUAGAAAAAUCACUUAAAAAGAAAACGGAUAUGAAAAUAGAAACCACGCAAGUCGUUGAAAAUAAACCCAAUGAGACCUCCAAUAGAAAGUCAAGGAACAGAUUGGAUUUUUCAUUAACCAACGUAAGAAGCAACAGAAGGCCUCAAGAUAGGAGAAGAAGACCGCCUAGGCCUGGUAAGAAGACACUCUCCAAAACGCAAACAUCUCGAACAAUCAGUGAAAUAAAUCCACCUUCUGUUCCACCAGUCGUUCCCAGUGUACAAGUAAUAGCUCAAGUAGAUCAACAGCUUCCGUCAGAAUCAGAGGCUCUUCUUAACAAGCUUGUGAAAACAGCAAUAGAGAGCGGAAAUGGACCCGCAGAUACACAAACGGAACUUCAAGCCAAACAACGACAAAUAUACAACGAACUUCUUUCCUCUUUAAAGAGCGCCGUGUCCGGUAUUUCUGGAAAAGAAUCAACUUCUUCCACUCAGACGGAGACUAAGCAGCAAGCAAUUACAGUUCAUCAGACAAAAAGUAAAAGUGAAAAGAAAGUACCCAUCGUUGUAAAGGAACAGGAGACAAUGCUUCCUUCACCCAGUGCCAGAACAAAUCCCUCUGUUAAAACUUUAUCUAAAUCAUCACAGCCAGCAACAUCCAUGAAUGGAGAUCAGAUAAUAAAUAUAAAAAUCGACGUGCCUAAAACACCUGCAACAGAUACAAAUAAGGUUCAAGAUGUCUUUCUGGCUUCAAGAAUGAAAGCCGAACAAUCAUUGAAAAAUUUGGCGAAACGGAAACCAGUUGAAAGAAAAGGAUCACGUAUUGUUCAGACUUCCUCAAACGGAAGAAAAAAUCAACUUCCGAGUAGUUCAAGAAAUACGUCAGCAUCCGUUCAAAAAACAAAGGGCGUAAAAACUUCAGUCGUAGACAGGAUAAAAAACACAGCAACGGUUAACUUACUGACAGAUAUCAAAUCUGAUACGAAUAUUGGACAUGAACAAACACGCAUUACUGAUAAAGUCCCACAAACAAGACUUGCCCAGUCUAAUACCAAAGAUAUCGUAAUGCACGAGUCUCAGAAAUCCUCUGUCGCCAUGGGUGAUCCACAAAUUGAUUUUGCUCAUCACUCGAGUGAGUGGACGUCCAUUUCUCAAAAUGGACCAGUAAGGGCGGACCACCCUAGAUGGAUGGAACAUGGUCAUGAACUCAGCCACGGAAAAAUGAUCCAUAGGCCACAUAGCAAUCUUCAUUCCUCCCACCACACACAAACUGUAGUCGGCAUUGCACCGAAAGGUAGCACACAAGUACAGAGUCAUCAGUCAAUUUCAACAACCAAUCAAAAACAAUCAAAUGAUCAAUGGGUGGUAGUACCUUCUACGGCACGCCCCUCGCCUUGGGAGGACACAUCCCUCUCAUCUCGAUCUGAUGGUCGCUGGGCUGUUGUUCCAACUCAAACAAGUUCUAAAGAUGCAUUAGCGCUUGUUCAACACUCUUUGGCUCCUCUGACUGGAACAGCGAGAUUACAUGCUGAAAUGAUACACAAACAGAAGAAGGCUCCAGCAGCUGCACCCAGUUCAAGUUUAUCCCUGUCUUCGUCUGCCCGUGAUGCAACUUUCGCAGGUCUAGGUCAAGGACACGGCGUUCCCAAUUCUUACGGUAGUCCUAAUAAACAAUCGAGCGGAAAUGGUAUGCCAGACAAUGCAAUGAGAGCUUUCCUGGCUGUUCUAUCGCCUACACAGAAACUGCAGUUACAGUCUCUCCUAGGAGGUGGUGGUGCAAGUGUUGUUCAAACAAGACGUAGGCCACCACCAACAACGACAACCACCACCACAACCACCACUACAACACCAGCGCCACCUGUGCAAUCACAGCCGGACUUCAGUGCGCUUGCCCAGAAGAUGCUACAAAGUCUCAACUCUAAGAACUCGCCUACAGCAGAUCAACUACAACAAAUGAUGGCUUCUUUAGAUACUGGUUCUCAGCCCGGCGGUAUGAACCAAGAAACUGGUGGAAACCCGAUGAGUCAACUUAUGGCUUCAAUGGCAGGAGGCGCUGGACAGACAGGGGAAUCCAGCAACAGUGGUAGACCAAGUCGAUUCAACGACCCAAUGAGUAUGGGAAUGGCCGGAAUGAAUCCAAUGAUGCGUAGAAUGAUGAUGAGGAACAUGCGCAUGGGCAACACUGCGACAGACCCAGGGGAGGUUCCUGAACAACCAACUCCUGGUGAGACUGGAGGAAUUAACCCACUGAUGCUGAUGGCUAUGGGAGGCGCCGGCGGCGGUGGAGGCGGCGGACUGGCCAGUCUAUUGUCCGGAGGACUCGGCGGAGGCGGCGGCGGCGGACUUGCUUCUCUCCUCGGCGGAGGGGGCGGUGACCUGAUGGGAAGUCUGGGAGCAGCUAUGGGCGGCGGCGGCGGCGGUGGCGGCGGUAGCAGUGGAAUGGAUAUGGCGGCUAUGAUGCAAGCAAUGAGCAUGCUCGGUGGUGGAGGAGGUGGUCCCGCGCCUGACGCCCCAUCAUCCUCUAUGAAUGGAGAGUCCCCCUCAUCUUCAUCUGGCAAAUCAGACAAAUCGGUACAAUAUACCAAACUUGAAUCAUCAACAGCCUCCAAAUCCGCUCCUCAGUCUGAAGGUCAGUCCUCGGGAUCCAGAAAUUCAGCUCCAAACCCCACGCCUGACACUGGUCUGGAUGCGAUGAUGGGCGGAUUCGGUGGCAUGGGAGGAAUGAAUCCACUGGCCGCUAUGAUGGCUGGCGGAGGAGGAGGGAACAUGGGAGCUUUGGCAAGCAUGAUGGGUAUGGGCGGCGGCAUGGGAGGUUUAGGAGCCCUUGCAGCUCUUGGUGGAGAUCUACCGGAUAUGCCGUCAAGGGGAGGGCUGAUGGGUGGACGAGGUGGAAUGGGCGCCAUGGGAAUGAACCCAAUGGCCGCCAUGUUAGGAGGCAUGGUGAAGAGAUCCACACUAAACACUAAAACCAAUAACGGUGGACGAUCCAGGAGACGAAACUUAGACUUCACUAUCGGUGGAAGGAAAGAACCAGUUCCGGUUGACUUGUUUUCUGCUUCGUUCACACCUGUAAAGAGUCACAUAACCGGAAGUUCCGUCGCCAUUGGACAGGGUGGUGCAGUUACAGAUACUGUUUCACAGAAAGCCAUCCCACCGCCGGAUCCGUUUCGAUUAUCUAGACCCCCAGCAAAGUCUCCCGUGGUAAACAGAAUCCAGUACAGGGAACCAGUCAAAUCGAACACUCUGAGAAACACGCCUCUUGAGAUCACCUUCCAAAAGAACACAGGGAAAGCCGCUGUAAACGCCAUAGAUAAAACAGUCCCCCCUGUGUCUGUCAGUGGAAAGGUUGGCACCACGUCACCGUGGAAUUACCCGGUCACGGUUCAGCACACACUUAACACGUGGCCAGGUCUCAAUAACGUGGCUGUUUCAACUAACGUACCUCCUCCUCCUACCACUACGAACAUCCCACCUGUGGCAACCACAGACGCCUUCUUUGGACUAACACCGGCUGCCACGGGACAGAUGUCUCACAUGGGUUUCCUACAACACCCGAUGCAGACCCAGACCCAGGCGGGCUUCAAUACCGGCAACAUGGACUCCAUGUUUGGGAUGGGAGGGAUGGGCCUGACUGGCGCGGAUCUGGGUAUGUUAAAAUAUAUGGUGCAAUUGUCUUUAUCUGGUUUUGAUGUUUAUGAUGUUUUUUAUGUUUUUGUUGUUUGGUGGGUUUUUUUUUUACUUUGUUUACACGUGAGAGUUGAUCCGAUUGAUCCUCUGCCGACAGUAGAAACUGGUGCUGAUAUGCUUCCUACAUCGGGAUUUUCAGGUCAGACGUCCAUGAUGGGAACAGGAACAGGAGCCGGGGGAUUGGGGGCCGCGACCCCAGGUGGCGCCGCCGGCGGAACUAAUCAGUUUAAUCAAAUGCUAGCUAACGGGGCUAGCACCGAUAUGCUAUUUUCUAGCAUUGGCCUUAUACCUGACCAAAUAGCUGAUAUAAUGGGCGGUACAUCCAGCAUAGCAUCACGCAUGCCCAUGGACAUUAAAAUGAAAGCAAUAGCAAUGAGGCAAACUGGAAUGACGCCUGAUCAAAUUGCUGACAAUCUGGGAGACGUCAUGCAAGCUCGAAGAGCACAGAUGAAAUUGGCGUCUAGAAUGUCCUUAAUGGGAUCCAUGGGAUCGCCCAUGGGAUCUUCCAUGAGCGGAGGAUUUGGCAGGGGAUCAGGAUCAAGAAUAGGGGCCGGAAACAGAGCUUUACCAGGAAUGAAGUAGACAUUUAGCAGACGACAACCCAGCAUCAUUUCCAGUUCUCUCAUCACGCUGUAUAUAUACCCACAUCAUCAUGCGACGGGUGUGCUGAUCCCGACAAGGGCGGACAACCCAUGGAGUUUAUUUUAAUACAUUUUAGUACAAUAUAUGAACUAUGGCAUCAGGAGAAUGUUUAUAAUGUUGUUUUAUGACUGUUGAGAUUAGAUUCAUAGAUCCGUAUCGGGUUUUAGCAAAGCAUUCCUUUAAAAGUAAAUUGAUCAUGAUUUUGCUUGUUUUGAGUUGCCUCCCCUGUCGAGACUCAGUUAGCUAUAACUAAGAACAGUUCCAAUUCUCGCUUGACUCAUUAGAUGCAGAAAGUUUCGUAUCGUUUUGAGUGUCGUGUCUUUUAUAUUAAAACA